AUGAGCGGGGGCCAUCCGAAGAAGGGGUGGACCUCGAAGGCGGGUGGCGACGUGUGCACGCCCAAUGCGACAAUUGCAAGCGUUCGAGCGAGUGGCACGCACGUGCCUCAUAGCGGGAGCCUGCACGUCGAGGCGGUCAUGAUCGAGGUGCGCAGGCUGCUCCGUCUGCCGGCGGUCCUCCUCAAUUUUCGGAAGCACCUACCGCGGGCGUGGAAGAUCGCUCUCAUCCAUGGCCGCACGAAUCGUGACUUCGUCCUCUCGUCUCCCGCGCUGCACCACCAGCUCCGAUCCGGUGGCAUUCAGCUCCGUCCGCUGCCAGACGCGCUGUACAAUCGGACCGAAUCCUUCUUCGCCAGGAGUGGUAAGAGGUGGUACAACGCCCUGCUCAUCAGCCGUGAGUUCUGGACGUUCGUCUCGAUCGCGCCGCACGUGCUGCUCUUCGAGGUCGACAGCAUCCUCUGCCCAGCGCCGACGGUCCCAAUCGAGUGGUGGGUCGGGCGCUACGUCAUCGUCGGUGCGCCGUGGCAUCCGCGCUGGGGCGCCGGACGCUUCUGGUGCGGAUCGCUGGCGUGCUGCGUGGGCAACUCGGGGCUGUCGCUCUGGAAUCGCGCCGUGAUGGCCGAUCUCUAA